CGUGUGCGGGAUGCUGCUGCGCAAGUCCGCUGCAUAGCAAAGUGGAAAAGGGUGAAAGCGCCAAAAAAAAUAAAUUCGCCACGAUGUUGUUGCCUGAUUUGUGAGCGGGCACCAACCAAUGCCGCACUGUGCGUCUGUAGCCGCGGAGGACCCCACCACCCCACAACACCCCCUCCUCCCCCUCCCCCUCCCGCUGUAAUAUUUAUGACAAAACGGAGGCAGAUUAUUCAGGUCACGUUGUGGCUGACAGCCGGCUGUCCCGGGGAGCGCUGGAGUGAAUCACGGUCCAGGGCUGGAGACGGCGCAGCGCAGCGCAGCGCACCGACACCUGCAGUAGGAUGUAACGGGAAUUCCCACACUCCACACUGGUAUUAUUUGGAGACAACUGGACUUGGUUUUCAAAUUCCUAAAUGCAAAAUGAAAGGAACGCUGCUGGGCUUUUUCUCAGUGAUGGGACAAGACGGGUCUUUUUGAUUCCGGACUGGAGAAUCAACCACAGAUCUGGCCAUCCUCCUCGGCGUUGUCUUGUUCGACCGAGGGGAAAAGGAGAGACCGAGCAUGGUGAGGGGUGGCAGCCACCGUUGCUAUGUGUGAAGGAGUGCUGUGGCGUCAAUGGAGACCGAAGGCUAUCGUGACCUCCUGGAGACCAGUGAUGGUCAGGGGGUAGGCCUGCUGGAUGGCGGGGGUGAGGUGGGUGUGGAGGAGGGCUGGAGCACACCCUACCCUCUGGGCUUCCAGGUGUCUUUGACUACUGUGCUGAUGCUGGAGCUGGUGUUGGGCUUCAGCAGCAACCUGACCGUGCUUGUACUCUACUGUGCUCAGUCCAACCUGGUGGAUUCCGUCAGCAACCUAGUCACAGUGAACCUCCAUGUGCUCGACAUACUGGUCUGUCUGCUUUGUCUGCCACUGACUGUGGCUGUGAUCCUACUACCAGCCAAUGGAAGUGAAGUUGGCAGCCUGGCCACACUGUGCUGCUUUCAUGAGGCCUGUGUCACGUUCACCAGUGUGGCAACAGCGGUCAAUGUACUGGUGAUCAGUUUGGACCGAUACGACAUCUCAGUGCGUCCAGCCAGUCGUCUGCUGACCCCCAGGCGUGCUGCACUGCUCCUGGCGGCAGUGUGGGUUGUGUCUCUGGCUGUUUUCUUCCUGCCCUUCCUUGAGGGGGACUUCUUCUCUUCAACGGCUGAGGAUGGUGAGGAUGAGGAGCCUGAAAACCAGACCAUUGAGCCUGAGCUCACCACUGGAGUGACCCCCAUUUUCUCCUCCCUCUCUCCUUCCUUCUUACCCUCCACUCAGCCCUCCUCCCCUUCUCACCACCUGCCUCCUGUAUGGCAGAACAGGACACUGCUGUGUGUCGGAGGGCAGGGGUAUUACACAGGCCUGGCCAUGUAUUACCACUUGUUACUCCAAGUGCCCUGCUUCUUCAUCGCUGUGGUCGUCAUGUUGUUCACCUACUCCAAGAUCCUACAGGCCCUCAACAUCCGCAUUGGCUCCCACAUGAUGAGGGCUAAACGUUCAAAGGAAUCCACCUGCAGGAUACGCUGCAGGAGGCAGAGGAGGAAGGACCUGAGCCUGCCCACAGAGGUAGUGUCCUCCAACCAGAACAAGAACCUCACCCAUCCUCCCCUCAUCCCCUCUCCCACACCUACACCAACAUCCCCCCCACCGCUCUCCUCCAUGCCCCAAGGGAUUUCUGAUAGUGGAGCAACAGUCACGACUGUCAGUACUGCUGCCACCACCCCCAUCGCAACCACACCAGCCACCCCUGCUUCUCCAACCGCAGCUUCAGCGUCAGCUUCAACACAGGCCCAUGCCACCUCACCACUGCCUGCCUCCUCCAUGGGUGUCCAGGCUUCGGUUUCUGCCAUCAUCGCCUUGAGGCGUGCAGUGCGCAGACACAGGGACCGCCGAGAACGUCAACGUCGUGUCCUAAAAAUGUCCCUAAUCAUUAUAUCCACCUUCCUGGGGUGCUGGGCCCCUCUGUCUGCAGUCAAUGUUCUGAUCCUGUGUCUGGGUCCCAGCGAUGGCCUGGUGCGAAUCCGCCUUUGCUUUUUAGCGAUGGCUUAUGGAACUACUAUCUUUCAUCCUCUGCUCUAUGCCUUCACCAGGCAGAAGCUGCGCCGCGCCCUAAAAACUCGUGUCAAGAAAAGGGUGGUGUCCCUUCUGCAGGUGGACCCAGCUGUCAGUGGGGGGACAGUUAUUCAUAACUCCUGGGUGGAGGGGGGAGGUCAGAGGAAGAAUCGCAAGCCACGGGUGGAAGCCAGCGAUGGCACUGAUCGAUGCCUCACUGAGGCAGUGAGGGAAUGAAGCUGAGUCUUCAGCAUGCACGUUUGUAUGCUUGCGAGUGUGUAUUUGUGUGUGCAUGUAUUUGUGUGUGUGUGAGUGUGUGCGUGAGUGCGUGCGUGCGUGCGUGCGUGCGUGCGUGCGUGUGUGAAUUUAAGGAAUCAUAUAUCUUACCAUUUCUCCAGAGAUGGAUCCUGUGUAUAUUCAUGCAUGGGUGUAAGGAGAGAAAUAAGAGCCAGUUUGUUUACAAAGGUCAGGACAAAUCCCAUGAACCCUGGUUCCAUGCAGACAAGGAGACAGGUGAGUCCUGAGCUCUAAUUACAGGCAGCUCUCCUUACGAAGACCCUCAUUAGUCCUCUUCCUGACUGACAAGGUGGCCACUGUUUCUCCAUGGAAACACUGGCCAAGAUUUAUGGCAACACCAUAAACCAUGACUACUGAAAAUGUGUGCACCAAACAUGUAGGGUAAGGGUUAGAUUACAGCAGACACAAACAUCAUUGCUCCUGCGUGCACUUUCAACUUGCACGUGGAGGUACAUAUUCACAGACACACAGAGACAUAUACACUUCAUGCACACUGAUAUCUAGUCAUUAUCUGUGAAAGCACAUCGAUAUCUACCUGCACAGAUAUUCUCAGAGAAUAAAAUAUUAAUUGAAGUAUAUAUUUCUCAUUCUUUCCCUUAUUUUUUCAUGCCUUAAUUGAGUUACUAAUAUAUUGUCAUGGUGCUGAAUGUCCUGCUGUAUGUUUACAACAAUGCAUCAGAGUGAAAGUAAUUGCACACACUGUAUAAGGUCAAGCAAAUCAAUGGCAGGUAAAUGCAAGCAUUCAGAUACAAAGUUUACAGGCUCACACAAAACAAAAAUAUUAGAAAAAAAGAUUAAGUAUCAAUUUCCAACAAGCAGCACCUUUUAGAAAAAUGUGUGCAAGUUAAAGCUAAAAGGCAUGUUGUUUUUUUUAAGAAUAACUUUAAAAGGUCAUGAUGGAGUAGGCGAUGAGUUUUGUGUGAUUGUGUUUGUAUGUUUACACGUGUGCAUGGAUGCAUGUAUGUUUGCGUGUGCAACAAGGGUGUGGUUGCGCUAAUAAAUAAACAAGAGUGUGUGUCCAUGGUUAAGUGCAAUAAAUCGUGAGCAAAGCAAUGACCCCUAGGAUGUGAACAAAGAAAAUGUGAACACAGAAUUGUUGGUUUUCUAGGUACACUUUGGAUUACAGAGGACAGAGAGACGAAAGGGGGGCUAAUCUUCUGAUUAACAACAGAGGGCCACAGGGCAUAACAGGAAAAAAGAAAACAAAUUAUGUAGAGCAAUUGUAACUAUGUAUAUAUGACAGGCCACUGUAAUAUUACUGAAAUUGUAUCACUUGGGAAUCAAAGGGCAAUAUUUUGUGAAAACGUCAUUAAAACUGUCAAGUUAACUACAAUCUUAAACCAGAGAAAUCCAAGCAUGGAAAAACAACCACUGACAUGGGAUAUUCCCAUCAUGUCAGCUGUGUGUUGUUCUGAAGGAGCAGAACCACUGUAUUUUGAGCAGCACUUUGAAUGACUGCAGAGACAGACAGACCUCUGUCAGCUUCUGGACUGAGUCCUGGACAUGUUACACAAUAUCUGUAUCUGUCUUUCUCCUCAGGGCUUCAUGUCUCAUUUCCAGACAUGCUGGACAAUAACAAACUAAACCAGUCCUCAAAAAGCUGUUGUAUUCCGGGUGUUACAGUAGGUAAAGAUUUAGUCACUUAGCAGAUGGACUACACAUUCAACUUUAUAUGGGCUCAAGUCUCUGAAAGCUCCUUGGGCUACUUCCUUCAUCCUCACCCCUUUUACACUAUGAGCCAGACUAAAGACAGUAAUUAUUGUGUAUUCAUGUACAUUUUCAGGGAUGUAAAUAUUGAAAUGUCUGUUUUGGGUUUUAGGACAAAAAAAUAAAAAAAUCUUCCUUUUUUUUCUUUUUUUAUCACAAUCAUCUGCCGGACAGAAAAUCAGCCAUUGUGAUAAAUUCUGAGUGAGUUGGAAAGUUACCGUAAACAGACAAUUCAUGUAAGUGUAUUUGUGUUGAUACUAAAUGUGUGUACACUGUAUUGUACAUUUAUGACCAUGUGUAUAGAUAAAUAUUAGUAUUGUAUAAGAUUUAUAUAAUGUGUUAUUGUAUAGAGCAGAACUAAAUCUGAAUUAAAAAUUCAAGAAUUGA